AGGCAGGCAGGCAGGCGUCUCGUACCUGGCGCUAAGCUUGAGAAUUCGACCCGGCCUCCGGCGUCGUCCACCGUACGUAGGCGGAGAGUGCGUAGCAGAUACGCAAACCCCUAUUUUUCUGACCCCCUCCCUCCAUGCCCGGCUUCCACUCGAGCUAAAUAAUGGAAGAGUAUCAUCACGAGCUUCUACUCGAGCUAGACUAGAUAGAUAGCUAGUGGUACUAGUCAGUGCAAUAGCGCGUUGGAGUAAAACUCGGCGCUUCCGUGAAGCCGGGAUCACCGGCACCGGCCCAUCCCGUUGCAUUCCGUUCCACCCAUCGCUGGCAGCUGGCUCGCGAUCGAUCAGGAGUCCCAUGGAAGCAACCACUCCCCUCUUAACACCACAUUGAAUCCCAAUCAACGCCACCCUCCGUCCGUCCGUCCGUCCUCCAUCUCCUCCUCCCUCCCUCCCGCAUAGACAUAGCCAUACCCAUAGCCAACCGCGCAAGCUUCCGGCGGACGUGCAGAGCCGGUGCGACGUCGACGGACCUCCUUCCACCCGGCUAGGCGCGCGCUAGGCUAGCUACGUACCUCGUCCUCGGCUCAUCGGUCGCCCCAUGACUAGUCCCCAGGCCAGCGCGCGGAGGCCAUGAGACGACCCGGCGGCGCCGCCCCAGCCGUCGUCCUCCUCCUCUGGCUCGCCGCGCUCACCUUCGCCUUCCACGGCCGCGGCGGCCACGGCCUCCUCGUCAAGCGCGGAGGCUCGGUGCCGGUCGAGCGGGAUCGCCCGGCGGCAUCUCUUGCGAGGAAGAUGCUGCUCGCCGUGGAGAGCGGGAGCCUCGACACCUCGUCGGCCGCCGGCCCCCCUCAACCACAACCACAAGAUCAGCAAUGGCACCACCACCACCAUCAUCGUCAUCGUCGUGGUCACCACCACCGUCAACGGCACCACCGCCUCCACACAAGCAGAUGGAACUGGCAGAGAAUCCCGCCAGCCGCCGCACCCGGGGACGGCGGCGAGGAGGCCGACCCGCGGUACGGCGUGGAGAAGCGGCUCGUCCCGACUGGCCCGAACCCGCUACACCACUGAGGGUGAGGGCACGCGCGCACAGGGCCGGCGGCCGGGCCUCCACGCACGCAUGGCGAUUUUUUAUCUACUUAUCCUCAUCAGACAGCGUGCAAUGGAGAUCGAGGGAGAAAAAGAUGGAUGCAUGAACCGAGAUUUCACUAGCUGUGGUACAUAUAAGUUUGUUGUUGCUGUUACUUGAGCGAGCAUCUGUUAAUUUCUUCCUCUAUCGAAUUUCUAGGUUUGUCCAUUAAUUCUUUGAUUUCUCUGCUUGCUACAUGGUGGAAAUCUUGGCAUGAAUGUUGAAUAAGAGACGAGUACGUACGGCAGGCGCCAUAUAUACAUAUUGCAAGUACGUGCUUGUAUAGACAGAUAAAUUUGCAGGGAUCUGUAAUUAUUAUUUACUUAGCUUUGUGCUUUGCUUCUUGCUUGGAUGUACUGCUGGGAAUACCGAUGUGUGCGCCUGGUUCUUGUUAAGUGUGUUGUACUGUUCACAAGAGAUGGACAAUGGAUUGAAAAUUUGAAA